AUGUCCCAAAGCUCUUCCCAGAGGAACAGGAAAGUUCAGUACGUCCACCUCAGAGUUCAGUACGUCCACGUCAGAGUUCAGUACGUCCACGUCAGAGUUCAGUACGUCCACGUCAGAGUUCAGUACGUCCACGUCAGAGUUCAGUACGUCCACCUCAGAGUUCAGUACGUCCACGUCAGAGUUCAGUACGUCCACGUCAGAGUUCAGUACGUCCACGUCAGAGUUCAGUACGUCCACGUCAGAGUUCAGUACGUCCACGUCAGAGUUCAGUACGUCCACGUCAGAGUUCAGUACGUCCACGUCAGAGUUCAGUACGUCCACGUCAGAGUUCAGUACGUCCACGUCAGAGUUCAGUACGUCCACGUCAGAGUUCAGUACGUCCACCUCAGAGUUCAGUACGUACGUCCACGUCAGAGUUCAGUACGUCCACGUCAGAGUUCAGUACGUCCAACGUCAGAGUUCAGUACGUCCACUCAGAGUUCAGUACGUCCACCGUCAGAGUUCAGUACGUCCACGUCAGAGUUCAGUACGUCCACGUCAGAGUUCAGUACGUCCACGGGCAGAGGAGUUCAGUACGGUCCACGGUCAGAGUUCAGUACGUCCACCGUCAGAGUUCAGUACGUCCACGUCAGAGUUCUACGUCACGUCAGAGUUCAGUACGUCCACGUCAGAGUUCAAGUACGUCCACGUCAAGUUCAGUACGUCCACGUCAGAGUUCAGUACGUCCACGUCAGAGUUCAGUACGUCCACGUCAGAGUUCAGUACGUCCACGUCAGAGUUCAGUACGUCCACGUCAGAGUUCAGUACGUCCACCUCAGAGUUCAGUACGUCCACGUCAGAGUUCAGUACGUCCACCUCAGAGUUCAGUACGUCCACGUCAGAGUUCAGUACGUCCACGUCAGAGUUCAGUACGUCCACGUCAGAGUUCAGUACGUCCACGUCAGAGUUCAGUACGUCCACCUCAGAGUUCAGUACGUCCACGUCAGAGUUCAGUACGUCCACCUCAGAGUUCAGUACGUCCACGUCAGAGUUCAGUACGUCCACCUCAGAGUUCAGUACGUCCACCUCAGAGUUCAGUACGUCCACGUCAGAGUUCAGUACGUCCACGUCAGAGUUCAGUACGUCCACGUCAGAGUUCAGUACGUCCACCUCAGAGUUCAGUACGUCCACGUCAGAGUUCAGUACGUCCACCUCAGAGUUCAGUACGUCCACCUCAGAGUUCAGUACGUCCACGUCAGAGUUCAGUACGUCCACGUCAGAGUUCAGUACGUCCACGUCAGAGUUCAGUACGUCCACGUCAGAGUUCAGUACGUCCACGUCAGAGUUCAGUACGUCCACGUCAGAGUUCAGUACGUCCACGUCAGAUAGCCCGGAUUUAAAGGAGAUUUAAAGUCUGUAUUUUCUGUAUCGCAGCAGAUUAGAAAUGACCACGAACAUCUGGAGCUCCUCCAGCCAGGCUACAGAUAUAUAUAAGACACGUUUAAAAAUGUAAUUCAAAUAGCGUGAAAUAAAGCAGAUGAAGUAAACUGUAAACAUGUAAAUAGAAUAAAUACAAUUCAUUUCAGGUGAUUUUUAGUGUUUGAAGCGUUUGACUUCAUGACCAAAGGCUGUGUGUGUGUGUGUGUGGUGUGUGUGUGUGUGUGUGUGUGUGUGUGUGUGUGUGUGUGUGUGUGUGUAG